UGCCGCUGUUGCUGCCUCUGCCCCUACGGCUGCCACUGAGAGCAGGGUCCCUUAGCCUCUAGGUUUGCGCUAGCGACGGAAGAUUCCUUGAAUCAUCUGCAGUGAUAUUAUUCUCUGAAGAGGGUGCACUUGAUUGCCGCUUUGCUCUCAGUAUGACACCUGUCAAUGUAGCUCUAAUCCGUGAUACCAAGUGGCUGACUUUAGAAGUUUGUAGAGAAUUUCAGAGAGGAACUUGCUCUCGAGCUGACGCAGAGUGCAGGUUUGCCCAUCCGCCAAGAGUUUGCCAUGUGGAAAAUGGCCGAGUGGUAGCCUGUUUUGAUUCACUAAAGGGUCGGUGCACUCGAGAGAACUGCAAGUACCUACACCCUCCACCCCACUUAAAGUCGCAGCUAGAAAUUAAUGGGAGAAACAAUCUGAUUCAACAGAAGACUGCCGCCGCCAUGUUCGCCCAGCAGAUGCAGCUUAUGCUCCAAAACGCUCAGAUGUCAUCUCUUGGAUCUUUUCCUAUGAAUCCAUCACUUGCAGCUAAUCCUGCUAUGGCUUUCAAUCCUUACAUACCUCAUCCUGGGAUGGGCCUGGUUCCUGCUGAGGUUUUUCCAAAUGGUCCAGUUCUGAUUUCUGGAAAUCCAGCUCUGGCACUGUCAGGAGUUCCUGGUCCAAAACCAACUCGUACAGAUAGACUGGAGGUUUGCCGUGAAUUUCAGCGUGGAAAUUGUACCCGUGGGGAGAGUGAGUGCCGCUAUGCUCACCCUACGGAUGUUUCCAUGAUUGAAGUCACUGAUAAUACUGUGACAAUCUGCAUGGAUUACAUUAAAGGCCGAUGCUCCCGGGAGAAAUGCAAGUACUUUCAUCCUCCUCCCCACCUGCAGGCCAAACUCAGGGCAGCUCAUCACCAGAUGAACCAUUCGGUUGCCAAUGCAAUGGCCCUGCCAUCUGGUGCACUUCAACUGAUACCAAAGAGGUCAGCCCUUGACAAGGCCAAUGGCGCCACUCCGGUCUUUAACCCCACUGGUUUCCACUGCCAACAGGCUCUGGCUAACAUGCAGAUUCCGCAGCCGGCUUUUAUCCCGACAGUGCCCAUGAUGCACGGUGCUACACCUUCCACUGUGUCUGCAGCAACACCACCUGCCAGCAACGUUCCCUACGUUCCAACAACUACAGGCAAUCAGUUGAAAUAUUGAGCAGCAGAGUUACAGAGUAUCAGAAUCUCUCAACAAGAAACUCCAUGUGGCCUUUCUAUAUGUAUUCUCGUAUGUCCUCUUGUACCAACACAACAAUAAGCAUGGUGCAGUCAAUAUAUUAAAACACAUACCUGUUGACAAGUUCAAAUUUUAAAAAUCUGUGGAGAUGCUAAAGCAAGUAGAAAAUUAACCACUAUGUGUUACCUAAUAUGGAUUAAUUGUAUAUGAAUUAGCAUACAGAAUACAACCAUACAGCUUUGUCAUGUAUAUGAAUUAUCAGAUCCAUAUUACAUGAAUUUUCCAUCUGAUAUGAAUUACCAUAUUGAAUAUAACCAUAAAAUUUUGUGACUUCUUUCCAGUAAUGAUUUAUGCUAAAUGAACUUGCACAGUGUACUGCAGGCUUACUGUAUACUCUUGGUGGAUAAAUUCUGUUUUUGAAGUGUUACCUUACUAUUCUGUUUACAAGAUAGUCUAUAAGAUUGAUGUAGAAUGUAACUGAUUUUUCCCAUUUACCAUUUCCUCUGUUGGUAUAUUGUAUUAAAUUGGGUUCUGCUUAGCUUUCCCAUGCUAUAGUGUUUUCUUGUUUAUACAUGGUGUUUGAUUCAAUUAGAAUGUCAUGAGUGGGGAACAGAACUAUAUGUGAUUGAAAAAUAUAACAGGUUCAUGGUAAUAUGCCCUCUUUAAAGCAUUUCUGUAAGUUUCUGUAGGCAUACAUUUUAAAGGUCUCAUUUCUGAGUAUGCACAAAAUCUGUUCAUGUAUAGAAUUUUACCUGUAGAUCUGACCUUGCAUAGUCAAUAAUAUACUAAAUUUUUUAAAAAGAAAAAUACAUGCCUACAUGCGAUAGGAAAGUUCAAAUGUUAACCUCAAACCAUUCCUCUUAAAUAAUUUGAGAAUCAAGCGUUCACAUUCUAAUAAAUUUCUUAGCAUGUAUAAAAUUAUGGAGAGUAGCCAUUACAUUUAUCGUGUCACAGGAAUCCUUUUUCUCAGCUUGAGUGUCUAAAUUUGAGCCAUUUGUCAUCUUCAGCUGAGAAACUGGUACUUACUAGUUUAAAGGUAUGCUAAUCAUAUGUUGAAAAUCAAGCAGAGAGAUGUGGGUGUGGAGACAGUUUUUAUGUACUGGCAGAAAGUGUGUAAAACCUUUGCAUUGUAACCUUUUGCACAAAUGCUGUUUUCCAAAUGCAAAUGGCUCAUGCUCUUUUCACUAUUCUUUGAAUAAUAAGUAAGACGCAGUCUAGCAAAAGUCAGUCCAGGUGAAAGAAAAUUGUUUCCAAAUGAGGCCUUACCUCCCCAAAUGGACCAUCUUUUCUAUUGAUCACAGAAGGAGGCUGAGUACAGAUUUAGGGAAAUGGCAGGAAUGGGGGCAGGGAGAGAUUUCAAAUGACUUGGAAUGUGCAAAAGACCUAGAAAAGGGUUCUGCGAUUGUCUUUCAGUUUAGUUUAGCAGAGUUUCCAGUUUUUCUAAAAGCAGCAGUGAAGUAGCAAGCAUUUGUGCUAUAUUGACAAGUGUUUCUCUGCCAAAACGUUUAACAUCAGAGGGUUUUUUGUGUUGGGAGGGGGGCAAUGAUUUGUCCAAUUUUGUCUCAGAACCAAAUCUGUUUUUGUCACAUCUGAACUUACUUACCUUUGUGUGUGUUUAAAAAUUAGUCAGUUUUAGCAUCCUUUGGUUAAUAGAGAAUAGCAAUGGCCCAUGGAGGUGUGGUGUGAAUUCUUCUUACUAAUACUUAGGAAAUAAUCUACAAAUAUAGUAAUCCAUCUAUUUCCGUGACAUAUAGUGUACCUCUUCUACUCUACAAAGUUAUAAACAUUACUAUUGUUAUAAGAGGGAAGAAACAUAUUUUCCAAAAGCCUAGGUAAAUUGAAUAUUUUGUACUUAAUAUAUAUUCUCCCACUGGAAAGCAUAAAAUCAAAUUUUUUUAUGUCUAGCAGUUGUUUUUCUUCGUGAAAUUCAUGAGGAAAGAGAAACUAUUUGGGAUACCAUAAGACAGGUACUUGGAUUGAUUUGCAGAACAAUGGCAUUGGCAAAGACUUUAUUAUUGCCUUUUUCCACAGUUGGUAAAACAGAGAACCAGACUGUGGCUUGCCUAAGGCUGCCUAGCCAUUAUGGGAACCAGUUGUUCUCCCUUUGUACAUCUUUCUUGGAACGUUUGAGACUCCAACUCAAAGCAGAUCAGAUUGGCUCAGAAUUUUUAAAAAGCAAAAUUAUCUCUGGUGGUUGGUAUCCCAUUGAUCUUAAUUAUCCAGGUGAAUCCUGGUCACCAGUGAUUUCUAAGUAGUCUUGUUUUUAUAUUAAUCCUCUGCCCUUUGUUAACUAUUGCCUGCAACUAAGCGAUUGAGAGUUGUCUGUCUUUUUACCUGUGGGCUCUUUGAACCACUAUGUUUCUGUUUUCUAACAUCGUAAUUCCAGGAAGAAUGUACCUGAGCUAGUCUAGAUGUAGUUAUUAAUGGAUAUGAGAAUGUUUUGUGCAAAAUGAACUUUCUGUAGUUUGACAGUUUGGUGCAACAUACUAUCUCGUUUAACUUUUUAAACUUUUGACCAAGAUGUAUGUGGAUGAUGACCUUAGCGUAGAGUUGUACUCAUGUUGCUCUGAGCACUGGAAGAUGUUAAUGCUGACUUAUAUUUAGGAAGAGAUUCAGUCAGGAAUAUUCAGGGUAGUUGUCUUUUUAGUGCGAUGAGUUCCCUAUAAUCUAAGUGUUAGCAUUUUAAAAGUUGCAAUGUACGUGAAGUUUAAGAAAGCAAGCUCAAGACUCGAACAUUUUGAUCAAUUUGAAAGGAGUUUUGAGGGAAAUGAAACUUUAAGAUGGCACUCUAAUUGUGCAAUGACUAAUGACCUAAUUGAAGAAGAGACAAGUCAUUUGACUAUAAAUUGAGUUAACAAGACCAGUCACAACGAAUCAGUGACUCUAAACAAAAAUUGACCGAAUUGCUUGUAUAUAAACCAAAUUCUAAUCAGUUGUGAUUUCUAGUUAGAAGUUUUUAGUCUUUGUGUUUUACCAUGGCCUCUAUUUUGAUUUCUCCAAAAUUAUUGGCUUUGUCCAUCUUGUCAGCCUUUUGCCAAAAUUUGCAAGAACUCUGAAACUUGGAUAAAAUGUGUCAAAUCUACAAAUAAGCAAUCUAAACUUGUCAUUUAAGGAGAGCUUAGUAAUUUCAGUUUUUACAAAAACCACUAGGAGACCACAAUGAGUAGGGACUAGAAUGAAAUCAAAUGGAUUCAUACAAUUGCUAUUUCAAUACAGUGUUUACUUUUGAAAUUGGAGCAUGAAUCCACACCUAGCAAAUACUUUUCAUUUGUCUUUUCUAAAUUAAUCUUCAAUUUUCAUCUAGUCCUGAAAGCAGUCUGCUUGCUAGCCCAUCAGUUUUGCUUGUCUGUCCAUCUCUGAGCAUCCGAAAAUAUUUUGAUCUUGCCAUAAUUGUUGGCCUAUGACACUCAGCUGUGUCCACUCAUGAGAACCCUCAACUCACCUGAUCUCCAUUUCAGAAAGAAACCAGCACCUGCUCUCAACUCUCAGCAGGAACCAAAUGAACGUAGUAUUUUGUACUUCAGUUCAUUUUAAACAGCAUGAGCAGUUAGACAGUGCUGUGUGAGGAAGGGACAGCAGCUGUAGUACAUUGUAGGAGAUGAAAGAGGCUGCUGAGGCCACUCAUGCGCUACUUGGAAUGCCAGUUGGUUAUCUUCUUUGUCUUUGGUGUUGGUAAGGAUGCCCUUAGACGAACUGCAGCAGAGGUUUUCUAAGAUCUGGCAGUCUGGGGGAUAGGCUGUGGCGUGAAGAAUAUUAGUAACUUAGUUCUCUUUCCACCUUAAGAAAAGAAAAGCUCUUCUACAUUUCACUGAAAUGGACAUGGAGAGGGGGUUGUCUGAUUUUAUUUUGAUUCAUUUGGUAGAUUUGAUUCCAAGUUUUGAUUUGUCGAUUUAAUAAGAUAGUGGCCUAAUUUUACCAGAGCCUAUCAGUGGUAGUAGAAUAAAAUAGCAGAUAAGAGAGUUUAGGUUUUUUUUUCUUUUGAAAGUUUAGCAGAUAGUCUAAUCAAACUGUAAAUGUAAUUACAAAUACAGGCUCUGAGUACCAAGUCACUAAUUGGUGCCAUGUUUUUGUUUUACUUAUUGUUAGUUUUUAAGGUUUUCAUUGUACUACAUUUUUAUAUCUAACUAACUAAUGAGUUUAAUUUUGAAGGAGAGUUAGAGAAUGUUUAAGUUUUUACAACAUAUAUUCAGACCAUCUCUGUAGGCUCUAAACUGACACCGUAACAUAAUUCAAUAUAGAUACAGUCCAUAACUGCUCUCUACAGUUCACAAUUCAAGAACAAAUUUAGCAUUGUACACAAAUGAUAGAUGUCAGCUAAAUAUAUUUAGUUGUUACUUUGGCAACAAAACUACAACAUGGCUACCUUUAGACAUUUAUGCAUGUAAAACUUUUAUGUGUAAGCUAUAUGUAGUUCAUGACACUGCAAACAUAUUGAAGGUACAGCUCAAAACUCAGAAAACUGAUGAUGUUUUUGAAGUCCUGUGUUCCAUGUGAAAGCUGAAUUUGUGUCCUCAUGUAGUUUUUUGUCCAAAAAAAAGUUUAUAACACAUGGAUUCUAGAAUCAGGCUUUAUAGUUUAAAGAAUUUAUUGCAUGGAUAGGGUUAUUCUACAGUAUUUUGACACCAGAAGAAGCUUGACAUAGAUAUUACCUGGCCUUUUUUCACAAUUUUAUUCAAAAUUAUCUAUUCAUGUAGUAUCUGUAGUUAUAAAAAGAUUCUAUUUUCUGGAUUUAUUCACAUAAACUAUAUGUGAGGAUUAAAGCAUACGUAAACAUUUUGAGAUUAACUCAUUUUUUGAAGCCACCUAUAAAGAUCCUAUAGAAGGGCCCCUGAACAGUGUUUAAGAGACAUAUGCUGCAGUUACCUGACUGUCUCAGUUAGGGUGCGAAUGUGUGAGACCCAGUUUUUUUUUUUUUUGCACUUAUGUACAUAGUCCAUGAACGCAAUCCUUGGAGCUUUUGACAAUUUAAGAAGUCUGUGGUGAUAGAGGAAAGUUAGUGAGAGUGCUUUCUGAGGCUCUAAGAAUUAGUACAAGCGUCGUGUUGAAGUAUUGUUGUGGAGGCUGGCUAGCUUGCUACAGCUCACCAGAAGCUCAGACUGCUACCAAAUGCCAGAGCCUCCUAACAGCACUGAGUCAGAAUACAAAGCACUUCUUUUCGUAAGGCUACUAGCAAGGAUGAUUUCCUUUUUGAAUUAACUCCCACUGUAAACACACACACACACACACACACAUACACACACACACACACACACACGCUCAAGCAUAUAUGAUAAGGUACCCAGCAGAGAUUUUCUUUUUUCCAAUUAUAGAAAGCAGAAAAAUAUACUCUGUAUAUUACAAGGUAGUUACUCUCAAAUCUAAUUACAACAGGUUUCAUCCUUCGUAGUUAAUUCUUAUAUCAAUUAAUGUGGAUUUAAGUGAUAAAUUGUUAAUGUUUUAACUAAACAGAAGUGAACCAGCCCAAAUCUUACAUAAGGUAGACACUGGAAAGGCAAUGUCAAUUUAACUUACUCUGCCUGCUUUCACUCCACACUUGCAGAUAGCCAAGGAGUCUUCUGGUUGUCCUCCAAGGCACUGAGGCUUAGCAAAGUUGGAAGUUUGAAAGGUUAAGGGAUGGACCAUCACUUUGAAUCCUUCCCAUCUUGAGGCAGGUGUCUUUCACACUAAAGAGGAACCUCAUCCUAGGCUAAGGGGAGUUGUUGUGAAAUGUUACUUUUCAUACACUGCUAACACUCUUGGAGACAUAUACCUAGAUCUGCAGCCAUAGCUCAUUAGUACAGCACUUGCCUGGAUGAGUGAAGUGCUGGGUUCCAUCCCCAGGACUGCAAAAAUAAAAAAAGGGGGGAAGAGAGAGUGAGAAAGAUAGAAAACAGACCAAAGCCACAAACAACCCAAGCCUUACAUGUAUCCUGUAGCUCAGGGCCAGUUGGCUAAAAAGUACUUUUAUUUUCCCCUCAGCUUCUGAUCGCUAAGUCAGUUUGUUGUAUGGCUAUACAACAAACACCCUGACAAUCUGAGUAGCUGGUUUUAGCCAAUAGGAAAUGUAAGCAUACAUUCAUUUUAUAGUUAAGAAUGCCCACUUCAGCCUUAUUACCCCCCUAAUUUCACUAUUUAACCAGCAUCAUUAUGUGGACAUUCCCUUGUGAAUCUCUAAGUCAUAAAAAUGCAUAGAAAGAUGAACUUUUGUGGGUGGUGUUGGGAAUACAGCCCAGGGCUUUGCGUGCUAUGCAAACGCUCUAACACCAUGACUAGCCAGUGAUAAGAUUUUAUGUCUAGAACUAUCAACCAUAAAUUAGUAGGGAUGAGCCUUGAAGCAUCCCAAAAGAUAGCCAACGAAUUUAUAACAUGUGCAUGCCCACAGCCACUUGGUGCAAUGCUGAAACUUAAACAUGGUGGCUGGAUUUCAAUCGUUCAAACAAAGGAGAGAAUUAAGUAUAACAAGUGCAAGUGACUCAAGCUAAAAGAUAAAUUGGGAUUCAGUUUGACAAAUUUAUAAUUUCUAGCCCCUCUGCCUUGCCUGUAGGUGAAUUACUCACUGGAAUUCAAAGUCUAGCUUAUCCCAAAGAAAGUGUAUGUUUAUAGAUAACCCUUCCUCAAUUAUAUUGUACCUAAAAAAAUGAAAAGUGCUUUGGUCUGAAAUAAGUUGCCACUCUGUAUAGAUAAUACAAGAAUCCUCACUAGCCCUCUUUGACAUUGUGUUACUUUAAAAAUACCUCUGUAGCAAGAGCUAGAAUUAAGUGAGCUUUUUCCCCACACACAUACAACCUUAAGACUCUGUCAUAGAACUGCAUGGUUCCAAAGCUUUAUUUCUGUAUACAGAUGCUAUCUGUUAAUGAUGGAAACCAAAUUGUUGUGUUGCUGUGUCUUUUGUGUCUAGCAGUUGAGUGGAUGAUAUGACCAUCAUUUCAUUAGAUGCUGGGGAUAACCUUUUCAAAAUAAGUUUCUUAAUAUUACUUUAGAUGUAAAAUGAGCCUUUUGCUCUCAAGUUAAAAUCAUUAAAAUGAAGUCCAUGUUGAAGAAAGUGAGGUCUCACUAUAUUGUGUAAACCAGUCCGAAUUGGAUGGCCUUAAAUGAUUUGAUUCUCCCGUCUGAGCCUCCUGUGUGACUUACUUUGCUUUACCAUGAUGAGCUGGAUUACUCCUUUGUGUAAUUUUAAAAGGGUAACUUACAGCUUCUGCUAACAAUGAUCUGGACUGUAGAAUGUGGAAGCAUUUGUUUUGGGCAGAAAAUGGCAAUAUAAGAAUUUCUUAGCCCUGUGCAGCAAUUUAAAACUUAAGUAAGGACCAAAAUAUUUUACAAGUAAAAACUGCAUUUUGUCCCCAAAUGCAGUAAUUCAUUCCCUCAACUGCAGAUGUUUGGACUUUCUCAAGUUACAGUGUUGUAUUGCCUGUUUGUCUCUAGAAGUGUUCAUUAUAUAGCUCAUUUUAGUAUGCUACUUUUUAUGUUUCUUUUUUAUUCUUUCAAUAAAGUUUGCAAAUUCCUUG